AUGUGGCAGUUCGCCUCCGGUGCCAUCCGCCCAACCUACACCCGACGCGGUCCCCUCCACCACCACGGCCACCGCCGAGUCCACUCCCAUAGCUCUACCAUCUCGAGCACAAGCAGCACCUCCCCUCCUCCUCCCUCCUCCAUGACAUCUUCGCUGGCCCAUAUACCUCCAUCCCCAUCAAAGACCCCUCAGCGGCACCACCCUCCUCCUCCUAUCCACCUACUUCGUCUUCCAGCUCUCCAACGCAUCCUUCAACGCCCUCUACCCCUCUUCGCCUUCGCCGACCCCCCACUCGGCCGCAAUAUCCCCGCCCGAGAUAUUGGUUUCUCUCUCUCCGCCGCCGGUGUCGCUACAAUUAUGUUCCAGGUCCUCAUCUUCGGCCGCCUACGCGACAAGAUGGGGAACAAAGCGACAUACCGCGCGGGCCUGGGCUUAUUCGCCGUUGCCCUCCUCGCAACCCCGACCGUACCAUUCGCAGACUCUAAGCCGCCAUUCAAGUUCCUCACAGGACACAUGUGGAUGUGGGCACACCUCUCCCUCGUACUCCUCGCCAAGACAGUAGCAUCCGUAGGCGGCCUCUCCAGCGCCCUCCUGCUCAUCACCAAUUCAGCCCCUGAACCAGAGUGUCUAGGCGCUCUGAACGGGUUGGCGCAAACGCUUAGCUCUGCGGGGCGGGGGGUAGGCCCCGUGAUGGCAGGCGGAUUAUUCAGCGCUGCACCGAAGAAUGGGAGGAGUGGUGGUUGGAUCCCAUUUGGGGUGUUUGGGGGGUGUCGCGGUGCUAGGGUUCGUGGCAAGUUGGGGGAUUCGGGCGAGGAGUUGGAGGGAGAGGAGUGGGAUGAGGGUGAACAUGAUGAGGAAGAGGUGUUAUAG